AUGCAGGCUCGAUGUCGAUGUAGCGGCGGCAGACAGCGUAUGUUCGAUGGGCCCCAGGCGAAUGUAAAACAUUCUGCAGCGCCAUAUAGCACUCCUCUCAUCCGUCUUUCAUCUCUCUCUAUCGCCGCCGUCGUCAAUAACACGCUCGCUGAAGACCAGGCGCGGGCGAGCUCUCAGCGAAGUGACAGACCGCCAUCCAACGCGCAACUGUCCUGCGAAUAUGUACAAGCUCGCGCAGCGCUUAUUCGACUGAAAGAUCUUCAUACUAUUCUCAAAUGGGAGCCCAAUGGAAAGACUAAUAUUGGUGGGCAUGACCGAGCUGCUCUUGAGACCUUUGAAUCCAUAUACGGCCAAGUAUAUUGGGGCAGAGGGAGGAGUGAGAAUUCGGCCCGCACGGAGAACUUCCUGAGGAGCGCAACUGAGCGGAACCCGGAUAUUGAUAUAUGGUGUAGUGAAGAUUUCUUCACCAAGGAAUACCCAAAGGAUAUCGAAGUGAUUGACAAGGAGGACUGGUGGGAUAGUCGUCCUGCCGAAAGAGGCGGCCAAGUACUAGUCGAAAAUAGGUGGGUUGGGUGUAAUGAUGACUAUGCCUACUCGAGAAACGUAGAACUGGACGAUGGGAAGACAAUAACGGUUCUGGUGCUCUGCCCGCCUUCAUUUGAGGAAUGGAGUAACAGCCAGUUUAGUGGUCCCCUUGCAGAUAUCCGAGCAAUGGAUAUGAAAAAGGAUACCCCCCUGGACAAAAUUACUGAGAAUAACAUAGCUGGCACCCUUCUUCAUGAGUUCUCUCACGCGGAAACACUUCUGUCAGGGCUAGAAACAGUGGACGUAAAUAAUUCCGAGGGGAAUAGUUACGGCUGGGAGGCAAUUACGCUGCUUGCAAAGGAGACCAGAGAUGGUGCUUUGGACAACGGUGACAGCUAUAUGUUCAUACUCAUGGCACUGUACCUCGACAAAAAUAACUGGUAUAGUGGAAUAGCUCAAGAAGUGCCACCUCUCGCUCAUGGCGUCCUGGAAGAGGAAGAGGAUGGGAACCCUAAGCAUGAGCCCACGAACGAUAGCUGA